CUUUGCUGCGCCUCUCUCGGUGAUCAGGAGGCGCCGCGGGAGCAGAGGGAGAAGGAGACUCAAAAAGCUGGGACGCACAUGUUUCUUCUCCGUUUUCUCAUGUCCUCUCCUCUGCACCGUGACAGCACCCACUGCUCACGCUCGGACCUCUCCAAGACUGCAGAGCCAACCAAGGGCUCGAUGACAUGAUGAUCCGGCCCUCUUCCCUUCCCCCCUCCAUCUCUCUCAUUCCUGUUCUCCUCCAACUCCUCCUCCUCCUUCCGUCUCUCAUCUCCUCUUCCUUUUCUAACGCCCCUUUGAGCUGGACCUCGCCUCACGAGCCCUGCUACCACCCAGAUGGCCGUCCUCGACACUGCCUGUCGGAGUUCAUCAAUGCGGCAUACGGGGUCCCGGUCAAUGUUACCCACUCCCUACACGGGCCCGAUAAUAACCCCAACAUCUCCACCCUAACGGACCUGCACAACCCACACAACCUGACCUGCUGGAGGGCUCGUGCAGGUGCCAACACCGGUGACUGGGUCUUCACCCUACCUCUUGGCCGCCGCUUUGAGAUCACCUACAUCAGUUUGCAGUUCUGCAGCCAAGGGGAGCCGUCUGACUCAAUUUCCAUCUCCAUCCUCAAAUCCAUGGACCACGGACGUACCUGGAGGCCAAUGCAGCACUACUCCAGCAACUGCCUGGGUGACUUCAAACAACCAUCUCAGACUAUUGCCCAAACUAGACACCAAGAAACUGAACCCCUCUGUUCAGACCCUCGGCCCCUGCAGAAGCAGCGGGGUGGGAUUGUGCUCGCCUUCUCCACUCUGGAUGGUCGCCAAUCCUCUCCUGAUUUUGAUUACAGCCCCACCCUCCAGGACUGGGUUACAGCCACGGACAUCAGGAUUAUCUUCCACAGAACUUCCAACAAUGUGAAGGUGGUCAAUAAAAUGGAAGAAACUCAAGGACAUGAUGGCAUACAUGAUGCCAAACGAACUGGGAUCCUAAAGUGGAGAUCGGAUAUAAAGAGUGACACUGGAGAUCAGGUGGACAAAUUAAGGGAUAAUACACUGGCAUUUUUUGACAGGGGCAGAAAAAACUCAGAGAUAAGUAGGGGGAAUAAAGAGGAACGGGUAGACAAGCAACGUCGGAAGGACCAUCGCAAAGGUUCAGGACAUGGUCAAGAUGGCCACAAUGUGACCAGCAAGGAAGGAGAAGACACUUUUGGCACAGACAUACUCGCCUCGCCAAAGAAAGGUGGCAAAGCCAGAAAGCGAAAUCGCAACAAGGACAACAAUUUUUGGGCCCCUUGCCCAAAUGGAGACUGCACUUGGAAGGUUGAAGGGCGGAGCAGGAGCAACAGCGGGCGGGAACUGAGGAAGAGGAGGAACAACAACCCCAAUACAAGACAAAACUUCAGGAUUCCCCAGCCCUCUGGCUGGAUCCUUCCUGUCCGACCUCCUCUGGCCAUUUCUGACCUGCAGGUGGGAGGGAGGUGCAAAUGUAAUGGACACGCUUCGAGGUGUCGCCGCGAUGACGCAGGUCACGCAGUGUGUGUGUGCGAGCAUCACACAGCAGGCCCAGACUGUGACGUGUGUGAGGAUUUCUAUGUUGACAGACCGUGGCAUCGAGCUACACCCACUCACCCAAACCCCUGUGUUGCCUGUGAGUGUAACGGCCACUCAAACAAAUGUCGGUUCAGCAUGGAGGUGUUCCAGCAGUCGGGCAGGAAGAGCGGAGGCGUGUGCCUGAAAUGUCGCCACCACACGGCCGGGCGCCACUGCCAGUACUGCCAGAACGGAUACACUCGCGAUACCAGCAAACCGCUCGGCCACCGCAAGGCCUGUCAACCAUGCCAGUGCCAUCCUCUGGGAGCCGUGGGUCGCUGGUGUAACCAAACAUCGGGUCAGUGUCUGUGUCGAGAAGGAGUGACCGGCCUCAGGUGUAACCGCUGCGCUCCGGGGUACAAACAGGGCAAGUCCCCUCUGCGGCCCUGCAUACGAGUCCAAGAGGUUGCUCCAACCCCAGUGUACCAGCCUCAGUACAGCAUCGAGGAGUGUGUGUCGUACUGCCAGCCCUCUGAGGUGAAAGUCAGGAUGAACCUGGAGACUUAUUGUCUCAAGGAUUACGUGUUAAGGGUGCAGGUGACAGGGAUGGAGCGUUCAGGUCCCUGGUGGCAGUUCUCCAUCUCAGUACAAACCGUCUUCAGGACGGGCUCCAACUCCCAUCUCCGGAGGGGCCCCCAGUCCCUCUGGGUUCCCGACCGUGACCUCAGCUGUGGCUGCCCCGCCCUCCAUGUAGACCGGACAUUCCUCCUCAUCGGCGCAGAGGAAGGGGAGCGAAGUUGGGCUCCGGAAGAGAGUCGCCUGGUGGCGGACCGCUCCACACUGGCCCUCCAGUGGCGGGAACACUGGAGCCCCAAGCUCAGGGGCUUCCGGGGGCAGGACAAGAGGGGCCGCUGCCCCCAAAAAUCCCCAAACAGCCACCACCCCCGGAGCAGGGAGCACACAAAGACACAUUCUGCAUACAUCCCCCCUCACCUGUUGUCUGAGAAAGACUCCAGUCCACGUGGUGACAAACAGCACUCUGUGAACUUGGAUGAGCCUCAGACCAGUACAAACAGUGACAUUACACCCACAGAGACAUCACCCUCGUCUUCCACCUUUGCUCUGGUGUGUUCAACUCAAAGUCCUGAAUGAAAUAAAAAUUCAAAACUACAAAAAAUUAUUUAAAGACUAAGACGGUAACCUUUCAGGGGUUCUUGUUACUUUGCUGAAGGUUUUAGUAGAAAGUUUGGACUUAUUUGACCAUUUUGAAGUAAACCCAGAGGAACAUCUUCACAAAUAAAACACACAUCUGGUUUAGCUUUUAACUGCUGCUCCAUAAAGUUACAGGAGGAAUUGUCAUGCUCUAAUCCUGCAGAAAAUUACUAACAUUCAUUGAUGACAAAGUUUUCCACCAACAAGAGCGGUGCUACAAAACCUACACAUUUUAACCCAUUAAAAAAUAAACACUGAAAAGUUAUGCUGUAUAUUUUAUUGUAUUUUCACUGUUUAUAAUCAGAUUUUUUUAUUUAUUUGCAUAAGAGAAAAAUUUGGGUAGAAUAAAGGAUAAAUGGUUUGUGGGGGAUCACAGUGAUUUGAAUUAUUACCUUUCAUCACAUAGGCUGAAAAACCAUUCUGGGUAAAGUUUUGCUUUGAGCUGUUUACAAUACAUGUGCUCUUUAUAUUGUAAAAAAUCUUGUUAAAAGUUCGCUUGAAUAAAUAAAAAAAGUUAAAUAAUAAAAAUUUGCCCACAA